CCCUCGAUGACCGCGCCGUUGAUCAAUACCGUGCUCUCAAUUGCUCCGUACGACACCGGUCAGAAUAACGUCCUCAAAUUAUCGGAAAACCCAUGGUUUCCAUCAUGAAAAAGUGAUUGAAAACAGUUAUAAAUUAUUGUUCAAGUUAUUUAAACCUACAAGCAAUGAUGUAAAAGUUACAUUCCAUCGAUUAUUAUCACCAGUGCAUGAUAACACGGAUUUUUGCAAGGACACAAUCACACACCUCUUGAAAAUUUUGGGGGAUCGAUCCACUUCACAAUGGCGAAAAAUGCUAGUGAAAGUAGAAUUCCAGUGUCACGAGCGGCAAGACCAUCAUUUCUGCCGAAACCUAAAAUAAUAUCGGCUUCAAAUAAUAGUGGGCCGACUAUUGGUGGAAAUUCAAGAAGAUCCACUAUUUUAUCGUCAGGAUGCUUCUUACCCCCACAACUUAAUGAGGAUAUCGCAUUGAAAACACCCAGGGGAAGAUUCUCGGGGGUGCCUUGUGCGUAUUCUACACCUGCUGCAGGGGAACUGGGACGGAUUGCACACGCAGUGUCGCCAAUUUGGAAUCUCAAGGAUGAAUCGUUCCAGCAGGAGCUCUCCUACAACCGAAAAGAGGAUGACCUUUUCGGCUCUCUCCACGGCCAAUUGACUAUGCUGGAGGAUAUAGGGAAUAGCUGCUUAGUCGAGACGACUCUCGGAAGUACCCUCAAUGAUAUCAACAGCAUCAAUAUCAGCAGUGGUUUAUCAACACAUCAGUAUCUCUCAUUGAAUAAACAAAAUUCAUUUGAGCACGACGAAAGCCUCGGGAUCCUCACACCGGAUCAGAUGACAGACUUUACAGUACCCCUGAGUUGUUCCCGCACUCCUUCGUGUGAGAAUCUCACCGGUUCCCGUGGUGUGCCGGCAGCAACAACAACAUCAUCUUCGCAUAAAUCAAGACCAACAGAUAUACAAUUCGUGGAUAAUCCAAACACGAAUAUUCUGCUGUGUGAGCGUUCCCCAUCGCUGGAAGAGCUUCCACUUGAUCCUAAACCCCCGGAGGGUGGAAAAUUGACCGAAGAAAUUUAUACAAAUCAACAGGUGGUCUCUUCAGUUGUGACAACGAAUGUUCCAUCUGCGGUGACAUCAGUGACAUCAGCAGCAUCGCUGCCUAUGAGCUUUGUUACUUCUGUGACAAGUAUCACAAGUCUUGAGGCAGGUUAUCAAGGGGACGGUGAAAAUUCUCGUCCUGCUAGCAGAGGACCGGAUCCACCUGCUGUGAACUCUGGAAGUUUACCUGGCACUCUACCAGCUUCCUGUCAAGCUUGUCGUUUGCAGGAUCCAAUGACAGAUUCGGACUUCUUCACAGAGAGUGAUGCUGACGCCCAUGAAGAUAUGGGCCGAGGUGAUCGUCGGGCCCAGGUCAUCGAUGGCACCUUAUUUUGUGCACCUGCAGAUGCUAGAAGACGCUGUCCAAGUUUUGCGGGGGAGGAGAUGGACUCCAGUGGAAUUUAUUCAGAUCUUGAUAAACGUCAAGAUGAGAGAUUCAAUGGGCUUGAACAGGUGAGCGGAGAUCAAACGCCGGAUACUGCUAAUACACCGGAUACUGCAGACACUGCUGAUACACAAAUGUCACAGAAGGUUCAGUUAACACCGAUCCUCACUACGGAUAUGCCUGCGGUUAUUAUGGAUUUUUUGCAGGUUCCAAAAAAUCCACUGAACACAACAAGUGAUUCCAACUCCUCAGGCGGACAUGAGAUAACAGUAAUUCAUGUAGAAACAGCAGUAGACACCCAUCGAAACCUGACAAAAGCCCAAGGAAAAGUGGAAGCUUCCGCUCUGAAAAAAUACAAGAUGCCAAAGAAAAAUGUAGAAUCAAAAAUAAAAGCGAUGAUUGAGUCAACGACUAAAGAGGAUUCACCAAAGGAAUUGAGGCGCGUCACGAGGGUCCGUAAAAACGGUCAUUGGGAUGCGGUGAUGAGUAAGAUUGAAGCGGGUAAAUCCGAGCAGCGAUUAAGGCCGCAACGCAAAGAAGUCAAGUCACGUUUUAUGCAAAGUCUCACAUCAUCGGCUUCUACUUCAAGUACUCCAACAAUGUCUUCACCGUCAGGUGGACAUAUUGCUUCUUCCAAAAGAUCCCCAGGUGAUGCUAACAACAAUGGCAAAGCCACGAAGGACAAAAGACGAUCGCGCGGGCGUCAGGGCAUAAAUUCCCCCAGUCAAGAAACUGCUCGUAGCUCAGUCCGCAGUUCAAUGAGCGAUCUGAGUAGUGGACUCAGCAAAGAAACUGUUCUCAAACGAUCUAUAACUGCAGUGACCCAACAACGAAGAACCGUGAACGGUCGUGCGACCCUCAAGUCUCGAGUCCCCAGUCACGAUGCCAAAAAGGCCGGUACACUUGACUUAUCACCACUCAACCUGGAAAAGACCCCGGUACCGAUUCGCAAGUCGACAUCCUCUCGACGCUCAGCACCAAACAGUGGACCAGUUUAUUCUGUAAAACAAACUACAUUAAUGUCUACACCGGUCACUAAAGAUUCAAUCAGAAGAGAAUCUAAUUCAAGUACAACUAUUUCACCGAGGAUUUCCAUUACUACUCGUCAACAAGCAACACAGACUAAUUGUUUGGAUGAGUCAUCGAGGAUUAAUAGAGCGGAGAAUGCUGUUGAUGCUCUCUGUUUAACUAUUCAGUAUUUAAUGAGACAAAAUGAGGAGGCUUCGAAGAAGGUACAAAAAACCUUGUGUAACUCCAAUGCAACCCAAAUCAUUCUUCAGGAGACACUUACCUCUGAACGUGAAAAGCACCAGAAAGCUCUAAAUGAUCUUCGAUCAGAUUUAGAAAUUGAAUAUACAGGACGAAUCUCAACGCUGGAGAAGACACUAAGUGAAGAACGAUCUGCUUUUGAGGAACGUUUGAAAUCCUCUCUCAAUGACUUGAUAAAACAGCACGAGACGGAAAUUGAAAAAUUCAAAUCAGAACACUCGAAGGAACUGGAGCAGAAGUAUACCAAUGAAAAUGUUCAGGAGCCACUUGAAGAUUUGCCAUCCCAAUUUCCCCUUAAGGAUUCCAUCAAGCAAGAGAUGGAGUCCCUAAGAUCCUGCAUUAAGCCAAUUCUAAUAAUGAAACAACGAGUUAAUGGAAAACUUAAAUACGAGAAUAAUUUAUUGUUGAAGAAACUCAAAGAGAAGCAAUUGAAAAUUCAGAUUCUUGAGACUGAACUCGAAAAAUUGAGAAAAUCAAACAAUUUAGUCAAUUCGGAUACUAGCAGUGAUCAAUCGUCGAGUUUGCACGCAGAAGUUUGGUCUUUAAGAUCGGUUUUAGAACUACGGAGCCAGGAAAAUUGUUCAAUGAGAAGUGAAAUUGAGACCCUACGACGUGAUGUAGAGGGUAGAGAUACUCUCGAGCAAAAAGUCGAGUCCCUCGAGGCUAGAUGCGAAGACCUGAAAGCCCAGCUGCAGAGUAAAGAGUGCUAUGAACGAACUUUAUCUCAUCAAAAUGAAAUUCUCCUGGGUUCAUUCCACGAGGUUUCUAAACACAACAAACGACUAACCCAGAGAAACGAGGAACUCCAAUGGAGAUUGAGACAGAAGAACGAAGUUGUGAGUGUCCUGGCGAACCAGCUGGCAACGCCUGAUAGAUUGUCAAGGUCUUUAGGCCCUGAGCACAUUGAACAUUCGAUAACUGCUGAGAAAAAUCCCACAUCUUCUUCAAUGAUUAAAUUCAUGGUGCAGAAAGGAGAUUCUGUGUCGUGGACGUUGGAGAUUGAUGAGUCUUCUGAUCCUUUACCUACUAAUGAAGCUACAGCCACGGUUUCGAGGCAGAAUUCCUUGAGGAGAACUCCACGAAAAUCAUUGGACAUUAGAGCGAGAUCAAAGAGUGUUUCUACUUCAGAUACAAUGCGUGAGGAUGGGUGGGCUCCAGCCUAUAAUUCAACACCUGUUUCUGGGAGGAGACCCAGGAGUGAUCCCUCUGUCUCUCCUGCAGGUCAGAUACCUGUAGAUGUUGCUAAUGAUCAGCAAACAGCAGGACCUACUCCUCAAGAAGCUGGAGGGGAAGCAAUGAUCUCUGAAGAGACAUCUGCUACAAGCAGUGAGGAUGAGUCCUCAGCCAGUACUGAUAUUCCACGUAUCGCUAUGGAGUUUGCAUGGACUAAUCCUGUCGAGUGAAGUAAGUGUAAACAUCGGGUCAAAUUCUUUCUAAAUAUUUGAGAAGGAUAAUGCUGCCUUGUCAGCUUAAUGGCAGAUGUAACAAA